AAGAAUUGAGAUUUGCAAUAGCUCCUUCUCUCUCACACACAACACACACUCUGCAAUUUACAUUUCAUUUCGUCUGUAAAUUCAUGGAAUUGAAAUCAUUCUAAGAAAGAAAAAGGGGGUUUAGCUAGAGUUGCAUUCGAGCAUUUGGAUCCGAAGAAGCGGCGAAAUGGGCUUACUCAAGUAUCUGACUGCUGUCCUUCUUACUUUGGCGUUUUACAGGACUCCAACUGUUUGUGGAAAUGCGGAGCUGAGAGCUCUAAUGGAGAUAAAGACCUCUCUCGAUCCAGAGAACAAACACUUAACUUCCUGGAUCAUGGAAGGAGACCCAUGUAGCGGUUCUUUCGAGGGAGUGGCUUGUAAUGAGCACAGGAAGGUAGCCAAUAUUUCCUUACAGGGAAAGGGUCUCUCCGGGAAGAUUUCACCGGCGGUGGCGGAGCUAAAGUGUUUGUCUGGUCUUUACUUGCAUUACAAUUCUCUAUCUGGAGAAAUACCAAAGGAAAUAGCAAAUCUUACUGAAUUGGUUGAUCUUUAUUUGAAUGUAAAUAAUCUUUCUGGCUCAAUACCGACCGAGAUUGGUAACAUGGCUAGUCUUCAAGUUUUUCAGCUAUGUUGUAAUCACUUGACUGGAAUCAUACCCACAAACAUUGGAUCAAUCAAGAAGCUAAAUGUUCUUGCUUUGCAACAUAAUAGAUUGAACGGAUCAAUUCCUUCAAGUCUAGGGAAGUUGGUAUUGCUUGAAAGGUUGGAUCUAAGCUUUAACAAUUUCUCCGGUCCAAUUCCAGCAACAUUGGCUAAUAUUUUACCUUUGAAAUUAUUGAAUGUCGAAAACAACACUCUUUCUGGCGCUGUCCCUCUUGCUUUGAAGAGACUCGUAAAUGGAGGAGGACUUCACGUUGAGAACAAUCCAAGACUCUGUGGCAUAGGAUUGAGAGUUUGCACUUCAUUGGAUCACAAACCAGAAGAUCCUAUUGCAGGGAAUGUCGAUGAUCCAAGUUUCCAUGUUGACUGCAACAACCAAACACAUUGUAGACACUCUCUUAAGAUUUCGCAAAUUAUUGUCAUAUCCUGCGUCAGUUUUGUAACUGUCUCCUUGGUAGUAGCCGGCUUCCUGGUUUUCCUUAAAUUCCAAAGGAAGAAACAGAAGAUUGAAAACAUUUCCAAUGGAUCUCGAGAAUUCUCGAGAACUCAGCCGCCAGCCGAAGAAGAGGUCCUGAAUGGGUUUAAGUUCAAUUUAGAAGAUGUUGAAUCAGCAACCCAGUAUUUCUCAGACUUAAAUUUGUUGGGAAAGUCGAGUUUCUCGACUGUUUACAAAGGAACGUUGAAAAAUGGAUCAAAUGUGGCGAUCAAGAGUAUUAGCGGUAACUGCUGUAAGUCAGAGGAGGCCGAGUUGAUGAAAGGUUUAAGCUUGUUAACAUCUUUAAGAAAUGACAAUCUUGUUAGGCUGAGAGGCUUUUGCUAUUCAAAGGGUAGGGUUCAGUGUUUCCUUAUCUACGAUUUUGCCGCCAAUGGAAAUCUCUCAAAUUAUCUCGAUGGAAGCAGAUUUAUUCUUGAUUGGCCAACUAGGGUUCAUAUCAUCAAUGGAAUUGCCAAGGGCAUUGGGUAUUUGCAUAAAUCAGCUAUAGUCCAUCAAAACAUUUCAGUGGAAAAAAUUCUCCUUGAUGGGAGCUUUAAUCCGUUGAUAAUGGAUUCUGGUCUUUUGAAACUCCUAGCCGAUGAUGUUAUCUUUUCAGCUCUUAAGGCUAGCGCGGCUCUUGGAUAUAUGGCCCCUGAAUAUGUAACUACAGGUCGUUUUACAGAGAAGAGCGACGUUUAUGCUUUUGGGGUAAUCAUCCUUCAGAUUCUUUCGGGGAAACGUAAACUUACAAAUAUGAUGCGGGUUGCAGCCGAAUCAAGUAGAUUGGAAGACUUUGUUGACCCGAAUCUCAAAACCAGCCUUUUGAAUUCCGAAGCUGCUAAACUAACAGAAAUUGCUCUUUUCUGCACACAUGAGGUUCCUGAUCAAAGACCAAGUAUCCAUACUGUUAUUCAAGAGCUUUAUUCUAAGUAAAUUCCAUACAUUGUACUAAGUUUAAGUGACAUAGAUGAUUGAAGCUGUGAUUUUGUAAAAUUACAAUUAUUCGACUUUUAACUUAAGAAAUAAAUAAAAAGAAACAGUGGUAUGCUGUCUA